AUUAGAGAAUUGAGAUAAGUAUUAAAUAUUGAUUUAUAUAACCAUCAUUAGCUACCCACUCUCAUUCAUCUCUCCACCCCCACAUCCCAAAAAAAAUCCAAAAACAUCCUGAAAAUGGAUUACAGUGAAAGAAUAACCACACAACCUCUGCUGACAACCUUGACCGAUAAAAACAAGGGCAACCAAAAUGAAUUAUCAUCAAACAGCUAUCAAAUAAUUUGUAGCCAUGGAUCAAAUUCCUUUGUUGCAGAUGAAGAUGAUAUUCCACCCAUCAAAUCUGUGCAAGAUUUCUCAAGGGAAUUAUGGUUAGAACUAAAGAAAACCAUGUAUUUAGCUGCACCUGCUACUUUUAUGAGCGUGUGUCAGUACUCACUGGGCGCCAUCACACAGACUUUGGCUGGUCAACUUGGUACGCUCGACCUUGCCGCCGUCUCCGUCGAGAACUCCGUCAUUGCUGGCUUCUCCUUUGGUGCACUGCUUGGGAUGGGAAGUGCGUUGGAGACAUUGUGCGGACAAGCAUUUGGAGCAGGGCAACUUGAUAUGCUUGGAGUUUACAUGCAAAGGUCAUGGGUUAUCCUUAAUUCUACUGCCCUUUUAUUAAGCCUACUCUACAUUUUUGCAACCCCAAUUUUGAAGCUCAUUGGGGAAACUUCUGCAAUUUCUGAGGCUGCGGGGAGACUAGCUAUAUGGAUGAUCCCACAACUAUUUGCAUAUGCGAUGAUAUUUCCGAUAAUAAAGUUCCUACAAGCACAGGGUAAGGUGAUGACCAUGGCAGUUAUAGCAGGCGUGUCAUUAGUAUUACACGCCUUCUUUUCAUGGCUGUUGAUGCUCAAACUGGGUUGGGGUCUUCUCGGCGGAGCCAUUGUAUUGAACGGCUCUUGGUGGUUCAUAGUCGCUGCUGAGCUUGUCUACAUUUUUUGUGGUAAGUGUGGAGCUGCUUGGACUGGUUUCUCUUUCAAAGCUUUUCACGAUUUAUGGGGGUUUGUUAAAUUGUCCGUUGCCUCCGCUAUCAUGUUAUGUUUAGAGACUUGGUAUUAUAUGGCUCUCGUUCUUUUUGCGGGAUAUUUGAAGAAUGCAGAAGUUUCGGUAGGUGCCUUAUCUGUUUGCGUGAACAUAUUAGGAUGGACAAUUAUGGUCGCUUUAGGAUUUAAUGCAGCAGUCAGUGUAAGGGUAUCAAACGAACUUGGAGCAGCACAUCCCAGAGCAGCAAAAUUCUCAGUUAUAGUGUCCGUCAUGACAUCUUUCUUGUUAGGUUUAAUCAUGUCAUUAGUACUAAUUAUUUACCGUAAGGAAUAUCCGCCAGCAUUUACCAACAGUAAAGAAGUGCAAGAUAUCGUUUUUAACCUCACUCCAAUUCUGGCAUUUAGUAUCAUCAUCAACAAUAUUCAACCUGUCCUCUCAGGUGUGGCAAUUGGAGCAGGGUGGCAAGCUUUUGUUGCGUACAUUAACGUGGGAUGUUACUAUAUUUUGGGAAUUCCUUUGGGACUCAUUAUGGGUUAUGUGCUUGAUUUAGGUGUCAAGGGUAUAUGGUUUGGUAUGCUGUCGGGUACAGCAGCACAAACCAUCAUUUUAUUUUUUAUAGUCUACAAAACCAAUUGGAACAAAGAGGCUUCCAUUGCUGGAGACAGAAUAAGAACAUGGGGUGGGCCACUUGAUGAAAACAUCAAAGAGAAAGACCUUCAUAUAUAAAUCAUCCUGUUUUUAGUUUUUCAGCUUACUGAUCAUGAUUUAGAGUUACAAAGUAACAUUUAAUUUGAAACUAAAUGGUCAUAUGUUAGCCAAUUUAAUUAAUACACUUUUUUUGGAGAUAUAAAUAAAACCAAGUCAAGUCAAA